GUAAGAACCUAACGUGCCUUCCAGGGACACUUGAGAAGGGUUGGAUGAAAGUUCAGUGUUAAGCCAUUUAAACACUUGCGGAUGCAGAAGAUAUGGCAUCACGGAGAUUUAGCGCCUGUGUUCUCUGUCAGAGAAGAGCUGUGGGGAAACUGAUGUGCCGGGGAAUGAGUGCAACUGCACACCCACAGCCACAGGUAGAUUUCCUGAAGGGUGAACCACACAGGAAGCAUCCAGGUGUGACCAACCUGAAAACUCUACGACUACCUGAGGAACUACAGAUGGCUGCACAAUCAAUCAUUCACGGAGCCCAAGUGACUCAGCUCCUCGAGCGCACUCGCAAACUCACAAACUUCCUGUGGAGCAGGAAACGAGCGGUUGAGGAUUUUACACUGAGGCAGAAAGCUGUGAGCCUGGAGAAAGAACUGUGGGAGAAAGCCAUGCAGAAGAGAGGAGAUAUAGACGAGCAGGCACUGGAAGACCGCAUCAGGAAGAAAGUUUUCUCAGAGCUCCGAAGAACGAUGUAUCACUGGACUCCCAUGAAGUAUGAUGAGGAGCUGGGUGUGGUCUACAUGGCGGCUCGACUUGCUGGAGGCUAUGCUGCAGUGAAGAGAGCUCUAAACGAGAUAAAGAAGAGGGAUCCCUCCUUUGCUCCUCACUCUCUCCUGGAUUUUGGUUCUGGGUUAGGAACAGUUGUCUGGGCAUCCCGCUCAUGCUGGGGUGAUUCAUUGAAGGAAAUGGUCUGUGUGGACAGCUCCGGGCCAAUGAACGUUUUGGCAGAACGACUUCUCAAAGGUGAUGAUGAAAGAGCUGAACCUUGCAUCAAGCAGGUGUAUUUCAGACAGUUUCUCCCUGUCUCUCCUAAGGUGCAGUUUGACUUAGUCACUGCAGCUUUUACCCUCUCAGAGCUGCCGAAUGGGAAAGACAGAGAGGAGGCAGCAUUCACUCUGUGGAGAAAGACAAGCUCAUAUCUGGUGUUGGUGGAAAAUGGGACCAAAGAGGGCCAUCAGAUACUCAUGCAAGCCAGAGACACUUUAUUGAAGAAACAAGAGAAUACUGUUUACGACUUCAGGCCAGCAUCAGUGUUUGCUCCGUGUUCUCAUGAACUGGUGUGUCCCAAACUGGCUCAUGAGCCCGUCACACCCUGCAACUUCCAGCAGCAGUACCAACCUCUGCCUCUGCCUGGGCGCAAUAACUCUCAGAUUGAGAAGUUCAGCUACCUAAUUUUGAGGCGGACAGAAGCAGUGGAGGCAGACACAAAGGGUGUGGAGUGGGCCAGGCUGAUCGCACCGGUGCUCCGGAGAACGAGGCACGUCCACUGUCGCGUGUGCUGCCCGAAUGGACAGCUACAACACAUGGUGGUGACGGCGAGAAAACACAGCAGAGAUGUGUACCGCUGCGCUCGAAGCAGUGAUUGGGGAGAUCAAAUGCCGAUCGUUCAGGAUGCAGAGGAAGACGUCCACAGUGACUCAGAGUGACGAUUCAGCCAUGAAGACACUGUGGAAACAAAUGAAACUGGCAACACUUUGAGUCAAAGGCAGAAGAGCUGCAAGUUACACAUGUCUACAUUUCUUCACUGUGGUUAUUAAAAUACAGACUUGUCAAACAUAUAACUGUACCUUAGUCAUCUUUGUUGUGUACCACUGCCAAUAAACAUUUUAUAUUUUAGCAGUAUUUUAGAU